CACCUCUAGGAAUUCCAACCUUUGCACACGGCAGCGAUCAUGCCACAACGCCAAUAUACUCGACUCACAACUUGGUAGCACGUACGUGUCGAUCAUUUACGGUCACUACGUCGGUUCGGACUUUACACCCUACGUCAUACGCAUGUUUAUGUUCAUCUAAGCCUCUCCAGAAUGGCUCGGAAAGACCCUAACACAUGUAACACGUGCAGGCGGCGAAAGGUCAAGUGUAGGGAGUUUCUCACAGAAAUCACACCGAUCCCCAUCCGAGUUGACCUCGACUGAAUUAUAGACAUUUAUCCAUCCACUCAACCAAGCUAAUGAUAGUAUAUACCUAUGUAGGUGAUGGUGUCACUCCUGAAUGUGGAAAUUGUGCCAAGCUGCAACUGCGUUGUGAACAGCCAACUGUUGAUUAUCGCUUCUUGAUUCAUACCAACAAUGCCAACAAUGCAAAAGGAUACAGUCCGUCAUCAGUGGCCAGUCCCCGCCGAGAGCAAGCACUUUUUCCGCAAAGCCGUGGCGAUCCUUCGGGUUCUACGGCUCUUCGACUCCGGCAAGCGGCCAACUUAUCACGGCAGUCCCCGAGACUUUCUCUGGAGGAGCCGAUCAUCGCUCUGAUAUUCUCCCACUACAUUAAGAUCAUCGCUCCAUGGUACGACCUUACUGAUGCGACCAACACUUUCAACGAUGUAGUCACAGCGCGUGCUCUCGACUUUCCGAUAUUGUUUCGAGCCAUCAUUGCCAUGUCUAGCAGUCACUGGUUCAAAACAACAGGUCAUGCGCAGGAAAUCGCCUUCGCAUUCUAUGCCGCAUGUGUCGAGGAUCUGCUACAAGCUCUAGCCAAUUCUUCUAACUUCCAAGGAGAGUAUCUAGCAGCGGCUUGCCUAUUGCAGCUCUACGAGAUCCUGAAUGAGGACGACAUGCCUAAUCCUCACUGUCAUCUUUCCGGUGCCUAUUCAUUCUCGACUGCUGUUGCCAUCGACUUCUCGACCUGGGAUCUAUCACAAGCGGGUUUCUGGAACUACAUGAGGGAAGAGAUCACUGUUGGUUUAGCUUCAAGUCGCAACCGGAUGGUGCGUAUCGGCAAGGACUUCAGACAGCUGCGAGAUAUGAUGACGAGUAAAGGCAUUGGUGACGAUAUGCGGGCAAAUUUGAUUACCUAUAUCCUCGCCGAGGCUUUAAACUUGUACUGCGCGUUCGAGGAAUACGAAGAUGCAGAGGAGCAACCGGAACGAGGCGAUGAUCUAAAUACUACAUGGAAGAGACUCUCGUCGGAUCUUGAACAAUGGACUGAGAAUCUACCAGCAACUUUCCAGCCCUAUUCCACGGCUCCCAAGCCAGGCAAUGUUUUUCCAUCGGCAUGGAUGCAGAGGCCAUGGCAUGUUUGCGCAUUGCAAUAUGCUGCAAUAGCCAAGAUUCUGCUUAUUUUGUCUGCUCCGCAAGAUGGGUUCGACGGUAAUCGCCGACGGGAGGAGGAAAUCCAAUUCCUCACAACAAAUGUUUGCGGGCUAGCAUACACGACUGGAGACCUAUCGGCGGCACUUAACAGCUUUGGUCCACUGAUAUUCUGCGGUCAAUUCCUCACGAUGAAACACCACCGCGCUGCACUAGAGACGAUGCUUAACAGCUAUUCGCAAUCCACUGGAUAUCCGAUAAACUGUCGAGUCAAACAGCUUAGAGACCGGUGGGCUCGAUAGGACCGAAGAGGAAUUAUAACAUUAUUAACUUCAAACUUAUUUAUCCACUUAGUAAAUUAUACUCAAGCUAGCUUUUCAUUACUUUAAACUAAGUAUAAUAUAUUAUAAUUACUUUAAAAA